CGCCUCCUCCAGUCUUUGUUAGGAUUGUUGUUUGCCGGAGUGUUUUCGGGGAGGGGGGGUGCAAGUGGAAGAGAUCAUGCGGGUCCACGACAACCUGUGCUCCUCGCUGGGAUACGUCGUGUUCCUUCUGUUGCUCGUCGAGGGUAUACGAAAUACGGGAAGUGGUAAAGUGUCGAAGAGGGCGAGGCCAAUAGACCCUGACACCGAGGACAACCGCGACAACGAGGACUAUUAUUACGAGGACGUGGAUGAAAGAAACAAUCCUACGAACGAGGCACCGGUCGUCCCCCCAGGAUUCCUCAGCCCAUCGGUACGAGAGUAUCUGGAUCUUGGUAAAUCGAUACCAGGAUAUACAGCGCGGCGUCUAAUCAACGGGUACUUCAUCCCUGCGGCGAACGAAGUUAGCAGGCGGCGAGCAAGAUGCAGCGGGCAACAAGCUCAAGGAACAGUUGCUGCUCGCAACCCACCCCAGCCAUCUAAUUUAAUCGGCCGUUCAAUUGGCCGACCCGCGUUUUCCCACUUCCGGGAUGUUCCGCCAGGGAUAAAUGUAACGCCAGGGGAAAAUUGCAGAUCGAGAUCAUCAUCAGCUUCCCUUUCCCUUUAAGAUCGUCAGAUUAGAGUUGGACGAUCGAGGGUUAAUUUAAUUUGUCGAGGAGGAGUCAGUUUUUCGUUUCAACUAAGUGAAAAAAAAAAAAGGUUUAUAGAAAAAUUGUUGUGCAACACGCACAACAUUUGAAAUUGAAAAUUAACGAUUCGAAACUUUCGCAAAAACUUGCUUCCCUUACAUCAUGAAAGUUGAAGAAUCCAACUAUCUACGCAAUAAUACCGGUUUCUUUUAAACCACUGCCGAGUAACCCGCUUAACAUUCACGUAUCACGGAGCCAGGCCCCACUCUCAAUAACGGCCAUCAAUUCCUUUUUCUACCGGCGAUCACCGACGGUCUAAUAUCAAAGUGAAAUUACAGUCGCUCGCCAAUCACCGAGUAUCUGUUUCCUUCUUUUUCCUGCACACGCGUCGCGAUACGUGUUGGAGAAAGAAAGAAAGAAAGAAAAAAAAUAAGCAAGAAGCCGUACAGUCCCGGGUAAUUGGCCAUCCGUCCGUAUAGAUGCACGCGAAAGAUCGCAUGGUCUUCCUUAGGAUGAAAUUGAGUUAACGAACGCGGUUACGGUUUCCUGGAAUUGCUUCGAAUCCAUUGAAAUAAGCGUAUCCGCAAUCUUCCCAAGUAACCAAGUAUGCUCAAGUAUGCUUGGUCUUUGGGGGAAUGGUUAAAAUCUCUCUCGGGGGAAAAAAACUGGAAAUUUCUCCCUUCUUCAAAUUAAAAUAUCGACGAAUCGAUUAAUAUAAAAUUGAUCUAUGAACGAUUUUCUGACAAGUAAGAGCUCGAACUAAGGAAAAUUUAGAAAUUUUCUAGCCGUUUCUAGAUUGAAGGUUCGAGAAAGAUUCGAGUUAAAGGAAAAUAAUUCUCGAAUACCUUUCUUCAUCUAAGAAGAUAGAAUAAAUAUUGUUUGAAAUAUCGUUGUUAAUAAAUUGAUACAAGAUCAUUUUGGAAAACUAUAGAUUCAGCGACAGAGAGAGGAAGAAAAAGGAAGAAGACACGAAUCGAAUCCAAAGCUUCUUGGAAACGCGAUCCUAGAGAGAUCUCUAAGCUAUGUAGCUACAAUUAAGAAACAAAGUAAACGAAUUUUUCAAACCUU